UAAUGGGAAAAAAAAACAACUUAAUCUGAACUCAUUCAUGACAAUGAAUAAUUAGUUACACACUAUCUCGGCGUGCCAAUGUUGUCUUACGUAGACUUGCUAAGAAUCUAUGGAUACCUGUUUUGAAAGUUGCAUGGCAUGUAUGACAAAGCACAAAGAAAUAUGACGAUUGAAUUUCAUUCAGAAAAGUUAAAAGUUGCUACCAAAAUUCUAUUGUCAAUUGUUGUCAAAUAUCUGUAAGUAAAACAGCAAAUUGAAAUAUCUGGCCGUUGUUUAAGCAGCGCAGGUAAUGGAAAACAUUUAACUUGUGUCUUGAAAUCACUUUCAAUUUUUUUUUAAAGUUUACAUUUUCAAGAUUAUAAUUUAAAUUGUGGAAAAUGAAAUCGGAGGCUAUCUCGGCACUGGAAAGACUUCAGUCCAACGGUUGUGUACAAAUGGACCAAGGGGAAGUCAUCGAUAAAGUUUUUAAUGCUUUAAAAUGGAACGGUUUUUACCAGACGUCGAGAACCGCCAUCUUGCUUUUGUCUUUAGUCAAUAUCGCUUUAACCGCUGCAUCCGUUGUCUUUAUAGGUAAACCAGUGGAUUAUAAAUGUCGACGUCUGCAAAGUUUAAACAUAACAAUUCAAGACGUCAGUUAUGACUUCACGUUGAACAGGAGUAGUAUCCCUUACGAAAUCAUUUACACCCAAUGCAGCGUAGACGUCAGAAACGGAAGCGACCUCGUUUUCACUUCAAGCUGUAGAGACGGCUAUGAGUAUGCAGAAUCGAUGACGUCAUCCUUUGUUGCCGAGUGGGACUUAGUGUGCAAUGAAGAAUCUUUCUCGGACAUUUCCCAAACAGUCUUAGUUGUUGGCGAGAUGUUUGGCUGUCUAUUUCUAACACGCUUUGCAGACAGGUACGGUAGGAAGGUCUCUUUCAUCGUUACGAGUCUGCUGUUCCUUGCUGCCAACAUGACAUGUGCAGUCUCUCCAAAUUUUAUCUUUUACCUUGUAUUCAGAUUUAUCACUGGACUUUCCGUUGCAUGCUCCCAACAGCUGUCCUACAUAAUGAUGAUUGAGAUGAUGCCAACUGAACAUCGAGCCCUUCCAGAGAAACUGUCUUCAUUUCUAUGGCCAGUUUCGCUCCUGUGUUUGUGUCUUGUGGCUUACCUGACAAAAGAGUUGAGUUGGCACUACACUCAGCUGUGCUUGUCCAUGUUCGCCAUCUAUGUGAUCUUCCUGUGGUGGAUUACAGACGAGUCCAUUCGAUGGCUUUGUGCAGUCAAACGAUACAAAGAAGUGGAAAAACUGGUGAAGAAAAUAGCAAGAAUCAAUCGAGUGGAUCCACAGGAUGCAUUAGAUAUAUUAAGAACCAAUGGGCUUUCGCCUUUUGAAAGUAAUGGCGUAGAAAGAGAUUACAAUAAUAAAGAAGUUUUGAUUAGUCCGACUAUGAUUGACGUUCAUUCCAGCCAUCCAGAUAAAAAGUUGUCCGUGUUUAUCAAAAACAGAAAUCUAUUUAAAGUAACAGUAGUCUCCUGUUAUUCAUGGUUUGUUGUUUCUUUGUCUUACGAUGGGUUGCUGUUUAUUUCUCCAAACCUGAACGAAGAUUUUUAUCUGGGAUUCUUGCUAGGAGUUGUCUCUGAGUUUCCAGCCACUCUCUUAUUCUGUGUGCUGAUUAACAGGUUAGGCAGGAAGAAAUGCAAUGUUGUAUUUCAUAUCAUGGCCGGAAUCUUCAUCUUGCUGUCGACACUCAUCCUUAAUACUCCACUCUACGAUAUGAUACCUGGUCAGUACUGGGUUUCUCUGGCGUUAGCUCUUCUAGGAAGAUUGAGUGUAACAGCUGCGUUUUCUACAAUCCUAACUCAUGUGUCGGAGAUGUUUCCAACAUCGGUCAGAAACACUGGACUUGGCUUUGCAGCAGCAGCGUUGUAUUUAGGUUCGACGAUAGCUCCUUAUUCACGGACACUGAGCAGACAUGUUCCGUGGGCGCCUAAUCUUGUGUUUGGGGUCAUGUGCUUGAGUGUGCCAUUCGCCAUCAUAAUUCUCCCAGAGACUAGUGGACAUGAACUGACCCAGACGGUGCAUGAGAUGGACCAGGAAAUGCAGAAAAGAAAGCGAUAACCGUUUAAGUCUAUAAACUGCUUUAAGUACAAGCGGGCUUUUUGCAAUUUGUUGCACACGUACUUUUAUGUCUUUUUUUGACAUUUUAUAUAUUUGAAAUAGUUUUGUUAGCAUGUCGUUUUGAAACAAAAAAAAAAGAAUAAAUUAUGCUGCUAUGCAAUUAUAACAAUU